AUGCCAGUUGUAGCUCUACCCAAGAGAUAUGCCAGUCUAUCGUCCAACUUCAAGUCAGGGGAGCCUCCCUAUUCAACGGCCGAGGAGAACACCGUUUCGCAGACCAUAGAGAGUGAUGCGAUGUUUGGAGCCCAAUUUCUUUCAAAGGAAAAUGAGAAAUAUGUGGCUUAUGAGACCAACGUAGCCGCAGGGGACGAUCAUCCGCCACUUUACAUCUUGAUUUGGCGGAAUAAGCUUGCCGAAGGCAAUGGUGUAUGGAAUUUUCAACUCUCGAAUCUCAGUAGAAUUGGACACGCAACCGCAGUGGGCGACAGCAUUGUGAAGGACUCUCUUCAUUCUCUUCAAGAACUGAAUGUUCUUGGAUUCUCCGAGUCAGAGAAUUCCGACACCCCAGAUAUGGAGAUGUGGGUAUACUCUAGCACCUACUCCAGCCCUUCGGGACAAUUUAGCGACCAGUUCGCUUCCUAUGCCGCGGCCGGCAGCACCAUUCAAGGUAAAUAUCCUGGAGGACAAGACACCUGGAAUUUCAAGUUCCCCCCAUGGCUUAUUCCCGUUGAUCUCCCAGUGAUGCAUUUGGAGGAAAAUGCGCCCGGAUAUGACCAUGCCGCCACAGAAUCCCAAUCAGUUCUGCAGACUCCUGAGCGCCCUGGCCGAGCUCGUACAUGA